UUCCGCCAAUUUCCGCGUCCAGUGUGUAGCAGUGUGCAGGAGCCAUUAGCUCUCGCUACUUUCAGGUUACUCGCGGGAGCUCAUUUUGCUGUUAUCUCAACCAGCAGAGGUCGCGGGGGAACUUCGCGGACGCGGAUGUACGAGACGAGAGGGGUAGAGGUAGACGAGACGCAGAAGGAGAGUGAAACGGUUCGAGUCCGAGUAGCUGCGUUUGCUGUAAUUGCUGAUCUAUUUGACGAUAUCGGGGUGAAAAAACGAAGUGAACAUUGAUUAUAGACUGAUAUUGAUAAUAUACAAAACAGUAAUCGACGAGACGUGAUCGUUUGACUCCGCGAUGGACGGCACGAACGUGAAUGGCGGGAACGCCGAAGUAACGCGCGACGAUCCUAACCUCGGUGGCGAUGGCGACUGUGAUGCUGGUGUUGUUGAUAGGGUGACGGAAACGCCAGAUCGACCGGAUUCCAGUGACAAAGCCCAACCGACGGCUGCUGGUGGUAACGGAGACGCACAGGAAGUUAACGGCGAAGUUGGCUCGGCCAAAAAACAUAGCAUGUUGCUGCCCCGUAAGAGGAUGAGAAGGUUCAAGGCCAACUCCACGGAUGCUAUGGAGAACAAUGCGGCGAAAACGCCUGGAACGAGGGGACGCAAACGCAAGCUCGCGGAUCUUGAAACUAUCAGCUCCGAAGAUUCCGAAGAAUUCAACGGCUUUGACUCUCAAGGACUUGAAUCACAACCGGGCAGUCACGUUCUGAAGAAGCUUAUUGCUGAAGCAGAAGUAGCAGAGGCACAAAUUGCAAAACGCGUAAAAUAUUCAACGAGGAUUUCGGAUGCUAGAGAAAGGAUGGAUGAAAAUCAAGAUCUUAAUGACAUAAAAACUUAUAUUUACGAAACAGAUAGUUUCGAACAUUUAGAUUUGACAAAGAUUAAAAAAGACAAGGAAUCCGAUAAAUCGGAAACAGAUUCUAUUGAUGUACCAAAUAGCAUAGAUUCUGAAGUAGAGCCAAACAAAACCGAUAUGAUUUCCAAUAGAUCGGUAAAUUCUUCGUCAGCUGCAAGUAGUCCCUCCGCAACAUCACAAAGAUCAAAAGGUAGUCUUAUUUCUGGUGGUGGCAGUCCAGGAGGAAGGCAUAAAAAUGUUGAUAUGUCAAAUCCUUUAUAUAAAGAGCCAUUUAAAUACGGAUGGAAGCGAGAAUUAGUGUAUAGAGCUAGUAAUGACUCUUCUUCCAAAAAAAUGGCUGAUAUAUAUUACUACACACCAGCGGGGAAAAAAGUUCGAAGUUUUAGAGAAGUUGCAGAAUCUCUUAAUUCAAAGGAAUUGACCAUUGACAAUUUCACAUUCUUUAAAGAACCUAUUGGACUCAACGAUUCUGAAAAGGAGGUUAUUCGAGAUGCUAAAAGAAUACGAGGAUCUACGGGUGGAUCUGCAAAGAAAUAUAAAAGAACUGUACAAACGAAAAAAACAAUACAGGAGCCUGUAGCAAAAAAACUAGUACAAGAACCUGUAACGAAAAAAUCGUCACAUGAACCUAACACAUCAAAAAAACCUCCGGCACAAGAACCCCCUGUUCCUGCUCCUGCACCUGCACCUGCAGAAAUUUCAAAACUUGUUUCCGCACCUGUGUCAAUACCUACAAAAACAGCUAAACCAGCAAAAGUGAUUUCAACAUACAGAACAAGAACAACUACAAGAAAAACUCCUCAAAUAAAAAUAAAAUCAUCAGUUCAAGAAAGUGAGAUGCUUCCACCUCAACGGACUACAAAUACGAGAAGAAAUCAACAAUCGAUUGAGAAGACUAUAUCAAUCAAAACCAAAAGAUCGAUAACACCCAAAGUUCAAGAACCAUGCAGCAUAAGAUGUUCGACAAGUAUGGGAUUAAUACCAAGUUUACAAUGUCGAGUUUGUCUCUGUUUAUAUCAUCCUGAAUGUGUCGAUGGCAUGGAGUUUGCAGGCAAUGAUGAUUACGUCUGCAAGAAUUGUCAGCCGGAUACUAAAGAAUCUCAAAUGCCAAACAAUCCGUCUUUAACACCACCUCCGUUGAUUCCGAUUAGUAUGUUAAGUGCACAAAAUACAAAAUCAACAAAACAUCAGACUAAUUCAUCUCUUCCGAAAUUGCAAAGAAUUCCAAAAUCCGAUGGAACAGAAGCGCAAAUAAAAAAUUCUUCUAAAACUACCAAAAUACCUUCGUCCUCAAACUCGUCCUCAACCAUAGACAAAAAGGAAAGUACCUGGUUUCCUCAGACGGAAAAUGAAUUUUUGCAAAGUCAUGAUGGUACUAUGCCGAAACCUGCUCAAAAUAUUGCUGUAAUGGGCGGCAAAAGAUAUAUUGUAGUACCAAAAAAUAAUGCAAUGGCAGUUCAACCGGCUAUAACAAUAAAACCAGACAAAAUUGGCGAUAAGCCACCAAUACUUCAAGACGGUUUACUUACCGAUAUUACGGAUAAUAUUACAGAUAAUUCUAUUACGAAUUUAUGUGCAUCUCCAUUUUUAAAUACUGAUUUACCUGAAAAAAUAAAUAUUACACCUGAUAAAGAAAUUUCAAAAGACGUAAUUCAUCAAACAGAUCUUGUAUCUUCUGAUACCACUGAAAUGACUGAAACGUAUGAUGAUAAAGAUAAGGAUAGUAAUAGUACUCCUAAAAGAGAUAAUGCUAUUAAAAAUAUAUUAGAAAACGAAUAUUUUGCUGCCAAUACAGAUUAUGUCUCAGAAAAAAUAAUAGAUGCAAAUUAUACAUCACCUGAAAAUGAAUCUAUAUGUACACCAGUACUUGCGGCAAGUAUUACAAAUGCUCUUGAAGCAAGUGCAGAAACUGAAACAAUUAAAACAGAUCGACAACAGUCAUUAUCAAAUAAAGUGGGUACAGUAUCGAAAAUAAAAACUAGCAAGAGGAAGCAAAACCAACAGGAAUUAGAGCCACAACAGAAUUUCAUGAAUACAUUUUGCGCCGGUUAUCAAUCCCUGCUGCGUGUUUUUCAAUAUCUUAAGGUCCAAGAGUUAUUGCGAGCCACACGAGUUAAUAAAACGUGGCGUGAUCUCGCUGCACAUCAAUCUCUAUGGAAGACCGUACGAAUGAAAAACAGUCAAGUAACUGACUGGGAUGGUUUGGCAGAUGCAUUGCAGAAACGUGGCACGCAUCAUCUAGAUCUUAGGAAGAUGCUAAUUGCUGGCGAGUCCGACAGCAUCUGGAAGAAAUUUUUGACUGUCAUACCACGAGUGACCAGUCUCGUGAAGCUUGAACUAUGCAGAUGUCCCGUUUCGGUUGUGGAAGAAGUUAUUAAGACUUGUCCACAAUUGGAAGUAUUUAGUGCGAUGUCGAUCAAAUGUGAAUCUCUUACAUUAGAAUCGAUCGGAAAUUUGAGUCGAUGUCAAGAACUCAGACUCAAAGCAAUAUCUGGAAUGUCCUUACAACAAGAUCUUACACCUUUACAAGAAUUAAAACACUUAACACAAUUGAGUUUAACAUCAGUUAAGGAACUCGGGAAGAAAAAAAUCGACGUUUUACAAUCAUUGACAAAUUUGGAGACGUUAGAAUUAGGCGAAUGCUCCGAUUUUCCUGAUAAGUUUGGAACUACUGUUUUAAUCAAUUUAAAUAAAUUGGAACGUCUUAGACUUGAAAAAGGUCAAGGAUCGUGUUGUACAUUUGAUAUCCUUGAAGGCGUAUCAAAAUUGCAGAAUUUGAGUCAGAUGGAAUUAGUCAAUUUUGAUGUGAAGAAUGGUUUUGACAAAUGUCUGGCUAAUUGCAAGAACAUCAAAAGGUUAUUAAUUAUACCGACUUACAUAUCCCAGUCGGCAACAUCUAACAACAUGGUGCUUGGAGGUGUCACAGAAUUGUCAGACAAUUUAACGCAUUUUAUAUGGGGUGUUACACUUGAAUUACUCAGGGUUACGGAACUGUUUAUUGAUCAGUGCAAUCUUAUGAAAAAACAAAUUACAGGGGAUUCUAUACCAGUUUUAAAACCUGUUCCCUGCUUAAGAUUAAUUUCGGAUGUUGAGGAUGAGAACGAGAACCAAAAAGAAGCUGAUGAUAAACAACAGCUGCAACAAACGGGUCCGCAAGUCGACAUUUUACCAUUGCCACAAUUGCAAAAGCUUCUUUUAACCGCAUUACCCAAGACACGAGUCAAGAUCUUGAAAAUUCCUUUCCAUGCUACGUGGCGACAAAGUAUUUCUGAUACUACCACGCAAUAGAAACGAGGUGAUGCUGGUUCGAAGUCGAAUAAGACAAACAGAAUUAAAGCGACAGUUGAAGAUUUUGGUAAAGUAAUUUGUAAAAUUGCUAUAUUGUCCAUGCUUCUACAGCUACUAUUUUUUGGAUGGAAAACUUAUAUAUUUGGUACACUAUGAGUUUUAUAAUCUUCAACGAUUAAUAAUCCUUCGCAACGUAUUGGUACACACUGCGGUAUAUUUAGUAUUUGUGAUAAAUACGUGGGACCAUGUAUCAUGCACCAUCUUUGCCAUAGGCAAAAUGAUACAAGUUGGUACCCUUGUAUAGAUUAAUCAAAUAAAAUUCUGACUUUUAUAUAUCACGAUUUUAUUUUCUCGAAGAUAAUGGAAAAAAUGGUAUAGAUUUGUAUCGAAGUUGCUGUGAUGUGUACCUGCGUUGAAAGUAAUCGAACAUGAUUACAUACAUACAUACAAAUAUGUGAAUGUUUUGGAUUUUUAAGGUAAGAAAUUAAUAUUUCUAAAAUGACAUAUUCAUUAAUGAGAAAUAUACAUGUUAAAAAGGUGUUUGAAAGCAAAACAAAUCGUUUUAAUCAACACUUCAAUACUAGGAGCAUUGGUCUUUUAGGAUACCUACAAGACGAUAUCCAGUAUCGCGAAAGUAGUUAAAUUUAUAAUUUUAACAUAGAGUGUCUACUGGAAAAAAAUAAGUAUAGGAUCACAUGAUCUAUAUGGCUCUAUUUAGAGAUUAGGCUGUAUAAAAUAAUUCUAUAUACAUAUUAUAAUAUUAUCUCUGUAUCUGUAUCUUUUAAUGUUUAGGAUACAUGUUUUCCGCUGCAAAGAAAUUAUGGUAAAAUUUGGGAUAGUAUAUAGAAUAUGUAAUAUACUUAUUUCA